GUCAUAAAGCCCACGGCUGCUGAAAGAUCAGCACGGAUUGGGGAUAAAGAAACAACUUGCAGUUGUUCCCGGUCACAUUUCAUCACUAGCCGGACUAUCUGAGACAAAAGAAAAUGCCACGCUAUAUUACCCACUAAUUGUAAGCCUCGUGCGCUGAAUACAGGAGAUGAGACAAGUACUAGAGUGUUAAAAUCUUCAUUAACAUUUUAAUUGUUCACCUCUAUUCAUCCAGUAAUGACAUUGAUGGUUUGUUUCGGUAUUACCGAACAGCAUAUUUUAAGACAAACAAAGCACCUUUUAUAAGACGAGACACUUUCUGAAAAAUGUCAGUAGUGUUCCAUCGAUCAGCUGGAAAGAUGAUUUUAAAAAGUUUCGUGGCAGCUAUAGUGUUAAGUUUUGCUUGGAUAAAGUCAGUUACGGGCGGUACGUCGUACUCAAAUGUGUACUUGCAAAGUGGUCCAAGACUAGGUUUUUACGGCCCUGCGGCUGUAAGAAGCGCGCAACUCGCUCCCUUGUCCGCUGCGCCUCUAAUGUCAAGCAUGUUACCGCCUUGUGUAUCACCGUGUGUCCUUCCUAGUCAACAAGUGGCUGCAUUAACUCCAGUAGCAACCAGUAGUGCCAAUUUUGUUACGUAUAAGUCUCCGAUAAGAGCCCCAGUUGUUGUAGCGCCGAGUAAUGAUGAUGCUACGAGCUACGAGUAUUCCUAUGUAGUUUAUGAUGAGAACACCGGUGACCAAAAAGCUCAAAAAGAAACUAGUGACGGCUCCGUAGUGCGGGGCCAAUACUCGUUAAUCCAGCCCGAUGGAUAUGUCCGAGAAGUCCAGUACACUGCUGAUGAUAUUAAAGGAUUUAACGCAGUCGUUAAAAACUUUUUACCCAAAAAAGAAGUUAAAGCCAUCUCACCCCGUCCUGAAAUAAAAAACGAACCGCUAAAAGAAGCUCAAAAGAAAACAGAUGAAGCACACGAUCUCGAGCCUGAAGCACAUGGACAAGUUCAUGAAGAAGAACGUGGUCAUAAAGGUGAAAGUCAGGAAGUACACGAGGUUCAUACAGAACCUAAACAUGAAGAACAUAGUCAUGAAAAACCUGAAAAACAAGAAGAGCACGGGGGACAUGAGGAACAUGAAACCCACAAAGAACCCGCGCAACCUAAAAGUUAUAAGGAGCAGGGAGAGCAACCUGGACCGGAGGGUCACAAGGAGAACACACAUGAAGAACACGGCGGAACUAAAGAGCAUACAUCCCCAGCAGAGCACGCAGAACCAGAAAGCCAUGGAGAAUCCCAUAGGGCUGAGGAACAUGGGGGUGAAGGAAAGAAAAAGCCGAAAGCAACACAGAGCUUUGAAGUGUUACCGAUCGUUACUGAUACACUUGUUUCUUACAACGACAUCAUUAAGUGCAUACAAGCUGCCAUUAAUCGAGCGAAUACACCGCAACCGUUAGCAUCUCCACUUACGUACAUUGUAUUGAACAAGCCAUGUUAAAUAC